GACGCUAUCACCAAAAGAUAUCAUUUCAACUCAUGAUGUUCACAAUGACAUUGAAUGUUCCAUGAAAUGUCAUCAACAGAAACUAUGUGUUGGCUUUAAUUUCUUAUUUGAUGCAAAAGAAUUUGAGAUAAACUGCCAAAUUACCAACAGAAAAAACCCCAGAAAUAUAGAGAAACUAGCCUCAGAAGGCAAAUGGACUUUUUAUGAAACUCUUGUAUUGGCAAAAGACUGUGCAGAUCUAUACAUGAAAGGAAAGAGGAAGAAUGGAGUUUACGAAAUUGAUCCAGAUGGCCAGGGCAGUUUCAAUGUUUUCUGUGAUAUGACAACAUCUAGUGGAGGUUGGACCGUGUUUCAACGUCGUCAAUAUGGAAGUGUAGACUUUUAUCGAGAUUGGAGGGAUUAUAAAAAUGGUUUUGGUGAUCUAAAAGGCGAAUUCUGGCUUGGAUUGGAUAAAAUAUACCGACUAACAUCAGCAAGGAGAAAUAAACUUCGUGUUGACCUGGGAGACUGGUCAGGAAACAAAGCAUAUGCUGAAUAUGAUUAUUUUGCUGUAGAGAACGAAGCACAUAAAUAUCAGUUGAGUCUUGGUUCAUAUUCUGGAAAUGCUGGAGAUUCAUUACAUUAUCAUAAAGGCAUGGCGUUUUCAACUAAGGAUUCGGAUAAUGAUAAAGAUGGAGGAAACUGCGCCACAGACUACAAAGGUGCUUGGUGGUAUAAGCAUUGUCAUCAAUCUAACCUGAAUGGGCACUACUACUAUAGUGGAGCAUACUACAGUGGGAGUGGUGUGGUUUGGUAUUAUUGGAAAAAAAACGAAAAAUCCUUAAAGUUCACUGAGAUGAAAAUAAAACCAUAAAAACUUCCGAAGACUGUGACGUUAUAAACUUGAUAUUAUUUCUAAUGAAACUUUCAACAUUUAAUUAUAGCGUUUUAGCUUUUAUGUCUUUUAAAGAACCGUUAUAAUCAUAACCAUUUUCCCUAAAAAUUAGAGCUGAUUUCGGUAAUUAUAUGAUUCUAAUGUU